CCCCCGUCGAGGGGGCGCUAGGACCCCGCUGCUGGCAAAGGUGCUGCCCGGGUGCUGCGCUGCCCACCCCUCGAUGGCAGGCGGCGGCUGAACGGACUGCGGCAGCUCCGGGUCCCCGUAAAUACCCGCCGCGAGGGAAAGGCGGAAAGGCGAGACUUGGGAAGGGACAAGGAAGUCACUUGCCGGCGGCUCCCGCUCCGAGGCAGAGCCGCGCCCUCAGCUGCCUCGCCUGGCCUCGCCCCGCGCCGGACCCUCUUCGCUUCCAAUGGAUACCUACUGAAGUUCCUCUUGGCCUGGGAGUCUUAGCCAGGCUCAGUCACCAUCAGUGUCAAGAAAGACAGUCCAUCUGGGAUCCACCCAUGGAGAACCAGUCUUGGGACUUCUUCGGGGCACCAGUGGGCAAUACCAGUGCCAACCAGACUCUUCUGGACAAGAUGCCCCAGCUCCCUCUGGAGGUGCAGGUGGUAACCAUCCUGCUGGUGCUGCUCAUCUGUGGGGUGGGCAUUGCUGGCAAUGUCAUGGUGGUCCUGGUGGUCCUUCGCACCAAGCACAUGGUAACGCCCACCAACUGCUACCUGGUGAGCCUGGCUGUGGCUGAUCUGAUUGUGCUGCUGGCAGCAGGGCUGCCCAACAUCUCUGAGGUGGUGGCUUCCUGGGUGUAUGGCUAUGCCGGCUGCCUAUGCAUUACCUACCUGCAGUAUCUAGGCAUCAACAUCUCAGCGUGCUCCAUCACAGCCUUCACAGUGGAACGCUACAUUGCCAUUUGCCACUCCAUCAAGGCACAGUUGCUCUGCACUGUGGCCCGGGCCAAGCGCAUCAUUGCCUGUGUGUGGCUCUUCACCUCUCUGUAUUGCCUCAUGUGGUUCUUCCUGGUGGACACCACGCAAGUCAUAUUCGCCGAUGGCAUGCAAGUCAAGUGCGGCUACCGUGUCUCCAGGAACCUCUACUUGCCCAUCUAUUUCUUGGACUUCACCAUCUUCUAUGUCAUCCCCCUGGGCUUGGCCACCGUCCUCUAUGGCCUCAUUGCCCGCAUCCUCUUCAUGAACCCGCUGCCUGCCACCCCGCAACAUGCAGGCCGGCUGAGCAAACAUGACAGCUCCAUCAGCACCUCCAGCUCCAUGAAGCUCUCCUGCCGGGGGAACAAAGGUGCCCUGAGCUCCAGGAAACAGGUGACAAAGAUGCUGGCUGUGGUGGUGAUCCUCUUUGCCCUUCUGUGGAUGCCGUACCGCACCUUGGUGGUGGUCAACUCCUUCAUGGACCCUCCUUACCUGAACAUCUGGUUUGUCCUCUUCUGUAGGCUGUGCAUCUACCUAAACAGUGCCAUCAACCCCAUCAUUUAUAAUGUGAUGUCUCAAAAGUUUAGAGCUGCCUUCAAAAAGCUAUGCCAAUGUGAGCAGAAGAGUACUGAAAUCACCACUCAAUACAACGCUCCUGUCUUCUACAGCACCAUGAAGGACUAUUCCCAUGAUAGUUCUGAGCAUAAUGUCACAGAACAAGAAGAUCUCAAUGGUUACCCAUUGACAGCAAGGAAAAGUAAAUUGUCCAAAUAAUCAUGUCAUAUAACAACAACUUUGGUAAUAGCAACUGCUUAUUCUAGUAGUUUCAGGAAUGUCUGAAUAGCAUGCCACAGGCUUAAUUUGGAUGUACUAUUUGUAUAGGGCUAACU